AUGGCUUUUACAACCAUCCGACCAAGAAACAGAAGGCACGUUUUAAACGACACUUCAGCUAGUUUAACAUUACAAGACGUGAGAAAAGAAAUCACAAAACAUUUUCAGCAACUUAUGCCCCUCAAGUACUGUACGUCAAGUGAGAAAGUAUGCCCCGCAGGUCCCCCUGGACUUCCUGGUCCCACUGGGGCAAAAGGACCCCGUGGUAGGAGGGGACCAAAGGGGAAAAGGGGGCCUCAAGGUCCCAUGGGACCACCUGGAAAAUCCGGAAAAACAGGAAUGACGGGUCCUGCAGGGCCGAGAGGAGAAAAAGGAGACAAGGGAGAGCCUGGGCCGAAAGGUGUGCCUGGACCGCCUGGAAUGCCUGGAAAAUCGAUAUCUGCUCCACAAGUAAUGUUGUCGCCGGCAGAACGGACACGAGAUGAAGGAACAAAUACAGCUUUUUAUUGUACAGUUGGAGGAAAUCCUCCCCCUGCCGUCGAAUGGCGAUUCAAGGGCAGAAAGCUUCUGUCAGGAGCAAAAUAUUUGAUAAAAGGAGGAGAGUUGAUCGUUAAGAAUCUGAACUACAGGAGGCCACUUGUAAUUUUUCUGUUCGAGGUAAGAUCAGAGAAUAAUUGAAACUUUAUUUUUCAUACUUAGUUGCUUAGUGAUGAUAUAUUUUAUGCCUGUAAAGGGCGCUGACUGGAUCACACCCUUGUUAGUGAUUUUGCUGGCAGAUCUCUUUUUUUCUUUUUUUCUUUUUUUUUCUCUGUUAUUUGUUUGUUUUCGUUUGCUUUUUUAUUCAUUUUUUGUCUUACUUACAAUAAUUUGUACAAACAAUAAUUAUUAUAUAGUAUUUAGUUUUUAAUAUAAUAACGUAAAGGUAACAUAGAAACUCCGUCGUCCAAAAGCUCGCAAUUGUUUUCUAUUCGUCGUUAUAUACAUAUUAUUUGCCGUAUACAUCUUCUGUCAGGUCUUCCAGUCUUCACAAAAGUUCCACCGUCACCCGCCACGCCAGUACAACGCAGUACCUUUCAGGCAGUUUGUCAAGCUGAAGGAUUCCCUCGUCCCGUAAUAAGCUGGAGAAGAGUUGGAAUGCCUUUUCCAGGUGUACGAACUGAGCUAAACAAUGGUACACUAACCAUUAAGAACUUGAUUCUUGCUGACAGCGGUUUGUACGACUGCAUCGCGACGAACGCGAUGGGAACAAAGAAGACCAGAAUCAACGUGGUAGUGCAAAGAAAACCCGGUAAGCUCCGUGAUAUAUUGAAAGUAGUCUUUAAGCAGGGGUUUCAAUGCGGAUUUGAUUUUUUUUCUGAUGUUACGCCGUUCCCUGAAAUCUUCCGCUGAAACAGCCAAAAACGGCGUGCUCCAUUUUCUUUCCACCCGGAUUUCCCGGAAACGUUUUGUGAACAAUAACAAGUAAGUUUCAGCUAUAAAAAAAUUUUAAGGCGGGUCUGCUGCCGAACCAUAUCCCUGGGCGUAAUAUUUAAGGCUUAGAUUUUACUUGAAAAGACAAUAUGCUCCGUGUUGACAUUAUUCAUUAGAGCUUUUAGUCUCAAAAAAUUUUUUUUUCGACGUUUGUUCAGAUUUAGACUCCGCAAUAGUGGGAAAUAACAGAAAUUACUUGAGGAUUUUAAGAGGCUGGCUGUCCCCUGUGGCACGAAGCGUGAAUUCCGCCUGGAAGCGUUGUUGGCGUGCAUCUGUGGACGGCUGGGCUGCAAGUACAUUUCACUCACGAUGUGAUGGCAAAGGACCAACUGUAACAAUAAUAAGGGUCGGGAGAUAUAUUUUUGGAGGAUACACCAGUGUUUCAUGGGGUAAGUGGACAUUAUGAACAGGGAUAAUCUUACUACCGUUACUAGCUUUGUUAUAAAGCUAAAAACAAAGUUACAUAUUGAGGAUACACUGAUAAAAGCGUUGUUUUUAUGGAUCUUCUUCUAGCUUUGCUCUACCUCUUUCCUUCGCAUCCCAUCCCCAUUCUCUCUCCAAGUGUGACGAUAUAUUUAAAGCAUAGACUGCAUAUUUUCUGAAAUGACAGAGUUGCUUGUAGACUAAAUCAUUCAAGGAUCCGGUCCAGUCGGUGACUCCUUUGACAGUGCUUAGGCAUGUAACUGAGGGCGCUUACUGUUUUCAAUUUUUACCUGUUUCACUCUCAAAAUAUCAAAAUGACCUGUUCCAGUGACCAUUUUUUUUGUUGGUGAUUGCCCAUAUUACGGCACUGACCUCUUAAGGAGGUAUUAAAAAGUCAAUUUUUAUCCUGUGUAUUUGAGACAGAGAAAGGAUUACAAAUUUAGAUGUAACUUUCAAAUCAAAAGGAGUAUUACGAUGGAAAGAUUAGAAAUAUCUUUAAAAAACCUAAAAUCGAUGGAAAGAGGAUUAGGGGCAUUGCGAAAUUACUAGAUUCAAACAAACUUUGGAAGGGUGAAAAAAAUAAUUUAAAUGACCACGGAUUAAAAGGCUGAGCUCUGGAAGAAAGGAAGGUUAAAAAAAAAAAAAUAAUAAAAAAAAAAGAAAAAAUAAAAAAAAAAAAGAAAAAAAAAAAAAAAAAAAAAAAAAAAAAAAAAGAAGGAGAGGGAGAGGUAGAGGAAAAAAUAAAAAAAUAAAAAAAAAAAAACAAAAAAAAAAAAAAAAAAAAAAAAAAAGUAAAGAAGGAAAGAGAGGGGGGGGGGGGGGGGGGGGGGGGGGGGGGGGGGGGGGGGGGGGGGGGGGGGGUUCUCAAUCGCAAUAAAGUAGGAGUCGUAAUCGGAGACACAAGCCAGACGCAGAGGAGUAAACAACAAAAAUCGAAGCUGUUAGGGUGACGGAUUCAGCUGACUCCUCAAUGCGCCUAAAACUUAGAAAAUGUACAUAAGUGUAAAUGGUGCUGUGGCCUUUUUGUAGGUUGUUCGUUUAUUAUUUCUUAUACUUUGAUAACUGUGAUUGUAGAGUUAAGAGUUGCUUUGUUUUGUUUUGACAAAUAAAAACUGUCAACUACAACUCAAACAAGUUUAUAUGAGAAAGUAAACUACUCUUAACAAACAUAUAUUUCGUGACUGUGUGACUCUGUGUACAAGGGAGAUGGUUUCGCAAGUGAGUAUCAAGAUGGCGUCGCUAGUGACAGCUGUUUUCCAUUUCUUUUCUCUCUGAUAGAUUCCAGCAGUAAGUAUAUAUAUCAGUACGACUCCAAAGCCUUAUUUCUGUUUUCACUGGUGAACAAGCCAGGAUGGGCACCUGUUAAACUGCCUCAAACGGGAAAAUAUAGUUCUAGCCAAUAUUCGAUCCGUUUUCAUUCAUCGUAUGGACCCACAUUCGGUGGAGGACAUGACAUUUACAUUUCCAACUCCGCGUCAUCCAAUAGCUAUUCAUACAGCCAGCUUGACUAUACUUACAGCCCACCGAGCGGGUACAGCUACGGCAGCACCUUCGCCAAAACAUUCCUGGCAGGAACUUCCAGCUUUACUCCAGACGAAGUAGAAACCUUUUACGAGUCAAACUAA